CAGUCGGCGGCGUGCAGCGCGAGCGAGAAAUAGAGAUCGAGCAGCAGCUCCUUUUCUCCUGCGUCGCACCGCACGUGAACAAAAAAAUCCAACAGCUCCUAUGGUGGUCCUGGUGGCGUUCCUGCUGCUGGCGCUGGCCGCCCCCCGCGCCGCCCCCGCCGCCGCCCCCGGCUUCGUCGCGCUGGACAGGCUGUCGGACGGCGAGCUCGAGCGCCGCAUCAAGUUCGAAGGCGUCUUCGCCAGGGAGACGUCCCUCGCCGACCCUGAGCACAGUGAGGGUCUGGUGCUGCGCGAGGUGAGCGACGGCCGCCGCUUGGUGCAGCUCAUCUACAGCGACGGUGGCGACACUCUAGUCGAUUGCGACAUAUUGCGCAAGCGCAACGCAACGCGCCAGUUCCUGCGUCGCUUCCACGCCGACGAGCAGCGCGCCCGAUUGGCCGACGACCGCGCCUUGAAGGUUCCGCCGAACGCGACGUUCACGGCCCUGUCGCCGGUGGCGCCGCCGCCGGAGACGUGGCUCCACUUUCCCACCCUGGUGGCGGCCUGCAAGAAGAGCCAUCGCAGGAUCAACGCCUUGCUGCACAGCCGGAAAAACGGCGACGCUGACAAUAAUGCGGAAGAGCAGCUGGCCAGGAGGAGACGCGAGCUGAUGGACAUUAUGAGGCUGCCCGGCACCAAUUGGUGCGGCAGGGGCAACACCGCACGCCGCUUCAGCCACCUGGGCGGCUUCAGCGGCGCCGACAAGUGCUGUCGGGUGCACGACACCGCUUGCCCCUUUUACAUCGACGCCUUCGAGGAAAAGUACGGACUUCUCAACUGGCGCGUCUCCACCAUCAUGCACUGCGCCUGCGACGAGAGGUUUCGGACGUGUCUCAAGUUGACGGGCACCGGCGCCGCCAACAUGGUGGGCAAAUUGUUCUUCAACGUGGUGCAGACAAAGUGCUUUGUGCUCAAGAUCGAGAAGGUGUGCAAAAAGUACUCCUGGUGGGGCAAAUGCUUGAGGUACAAGCGUCAGAAGCAGGCCUACCUCAGGGACAACCUUUCCUACUGAGCGAGCUAAGAGUGCACGCGAGGGAGGUUUAUUUAUUUUCUGAUUCCAUCUGUGAUCAUUUUUUCUCCUGCAUCUGCCGAUUUUUUCUUGUCUCUCUUUCGGUCACAUUUCAGUUUUAGACCCUCUUCGGAAAUUAUUAUGUAUAGAGAUAAAUGUGUUUAGAUGACAGUUUCAAGUUCUGCACGUGUAGAUGUUAUACUAACGAGACGCAAAUAUUGAUUGUUAUUUCCAUUGAGAACUGAAAUUUGGGACUUGAAGUUAGUUGCAUUCCACGAACAAGCCCGUAAAAAAUCCCUAUAAAUAGACCUCAAGUUUGAAAUUUCAAAUCGAAUUGAAAUGAAUUAUUAACGAAUACUCUGGCAAUCAUCCAAGUGAAAUAUUUAAAUACGUGUGUGUAAUAUAUUUCAGAUUCAGAUAUUUGAAAUUAUAAAUAUCUAUAUUGAAUGUUGAUAAUUAAGUUAUGAUGCGCGCGCGGUGAGUGUUUGGAGAAUUAUACGCAUGUGAUUUUGCUGAAGAAACGAUCUGUUCCAGUCAGAAAAACUGUAAAACAAAAGAGACGAUCGACGACUUAGGAAGUGAAAAUAAAAAUGAUGAUAUUCGUCCAAGA